AUGGGGGCCCAAAUGGGCAAAACUGCUUUGGGCCCCACAUGGGCUAACCCACUAGGGGCCCUUGAGGGGUUUCUGUGGGGCCAGUAUAUCGCACACCAGGCGUGUCUCGGUCAUGUCCGUAUAUGUGGUGCGAUCGGUCGAUAUAUUGAGGUUGUGUCUCCGCCUCCAGCACGGAGAGUGUGGAAGAACUACCUGCCCGCGGUCAACGCUGUGGUCUUCCUCGUGGACUGUGCCGAUCACGAGCGGCUCGCUGAGUCCAAGGUGGAGCUCGACGCUCUGCUGUCGGACGAGACGAUCUCCAGCGUGCCGGUUCUGGUGUUGGGCAAUAAGAUCGACCGACCCGAGGCCGUGAGUGAGAUGAGACUGCGAGAGGUGUUCGCUCUGGAAGGACAGACCACUGGGAAGGGCAGCGUGUCGCUGAAGGAUCUGAACGCGCGGCCGCUGGAGGUGUUCAUGUGCAGUGUGUUGAAGAAGCAGGGCUACGGGGAAGGCUUCCGAUGGCUCUCGCAGUACAUCGACUGAUCUCAGACCAGUCUGCUCCGUGAUCAUCAGCAAUAAGAGAUGUUUGACUUGUUUUAGUGGAUAUUACUGAUCGGUUUUGUCGUUUUAGUCUCAAUUCUGCAUGUUAAAGGUGGAGGGUGCCAUUUCUGCAGCUUUAAACGCAGAAGCACGUGCUGUUACUGUAUUAAAGGCCUGCGAAUGUGGAUGCAAGGUAUAAUCAAGCCAUUGGUUUUUAAACAAUGAUCAAAGUACAAGACCAUGUGUGAUAUUUCAGUUCCUGCUGCUUUUUCUUACGGUUUUAAACUUUGAGUCGCACUGUUAUACCUGAGUGUUGUUGUAUUAUUUAGCAUCCUUUCAUCUAUAGAUGUUAUAAAAAUGAUAAAAAGCUGAUCUGAUCAGUGGUUUGAGGUGUACAGUAUAUUGUAAUAUAUUCUCCUGUACAGUGUUUGUGUAGAUAAUGUUCAUAUCAGAUGCUGUUGGUGUUUGUUGAUCAUCAGAUGAAGGUCUGAUAUGAGAACGCCUAUGGCAGAGACACAUGAUCAUUUUGUGCAAAUUUGUAAAAAUUGUAUAAUGGAGUAUAUGUGUUUUUAUUGUCCAUAGCUUUGACUUGAGUGUACAGGAAUCCAUCCUAACAGACUGUAAACAUCUAUAAACUAUUAAUAUUUUGAAGAAUG